AUGGAUACCCCAUCUCUAAUCACUCUCGAUUAUACCCUCUACGAUCUCUACGCAGUCGAUUCGAAAGAUGGCCAGACCACCGUCCUGAUCUACUACCCUUUACAGUUCGGACACACCCAUGAGGCUACAUCGGCCAAGUUUACCUACGGGUACAAAGUGGAAGAAGAGGAGGAAGACGCCACGUCGUCCUUGACGAUGGCCGCCAACCUGGUACCACAGAGAUACGCGUUCUCAGCCGGCAGGAUGCCUCUAGUUAUUCUGGACGUUAUUGCACAAAGAAGAGUGGACGGCGAAAGCGAAGGGGAUCCUCAAGCUACAGAUUCUGUGCCCGCCCAUCAUCUUGAUGUCUACCAAACGUUCGCCCAGCUACAGCUCGACCAGCGGCCAAUCGUGAGUUUUGCAAAGCAUCCGGACAGUAUAGAGUUAGGCUUGGACGCGAGGAUCGCCGUUCUACAGCCCACCGACUGCCUGUCGCAUUUACCACACCUUACCUGUCCGGAAACUCACUAUGAGAUCCUGUCAAAACGUGGGCUGGCUGUGUCUGGAUUACCAACGCCGCUGUCUCGGGUCAUUGACACCAUGCUUGUCAACUACGAGGAUCCCAGUCUACUUGCAAUUGAGACUGCCCGGAUGACUGAGUCAAUCGAGCAACAUCAGAUCCCUUUCAUGGUCAAAUUACCUCAGUCGAUUUCAGGGAUGGGCACCUUUGCCGUGACCUCCGAAACCGACCGAACGCGGAUAAAAACCAUGCUCACAACCCAGUUAGGAGCCAUGCUACGACAACUUAACCAAACGAACAGUCAUCUUUAUCCCUGCUCGAUCGUCUUGCAAGACUUUGUUGACGGACCUGUGGUGGCUCUAUCAUUGUUCGUCACGAAGACCGGCCAACCGAUAUUCAUUGCCUGCUGUGAGCAACUAUUCGACGACCAAUCGCAUUGGAUCGGCGGGCGCAUCUCGUAUCGGCAACAGGCAGGGUUUCGAAAGGCGUUUUGCGCGCUCACGGGCAAAGUGGCUGCGUUCUUGCAUCGCAAAGGGUAUCAUGGCCCGGCGGGUGUGGAUAUUGUUAUCGAUCGACAGAGCGGGGAGCAGUUGGUUAUUGAUCUGAACGUUCGGGUUACUGGCACUUUUCAUCUAGGGCCUCUCACGGGUCAUUUCACUCGGCGUGGGCUGUUCGAGGCUGCGAUGACUAGCGGGCAUUUGUUUUGUACGCGAGAUGAAUUCGAGGAAGUCUUUUCGGAGGAAAUUCGACAAGGCAGUUUGAUUGUUAGUGGCUGGGUACAUAAUGAGUCACGAUCAAAAAGCCAUGCUGCGAUUACUGUUGGGGCUAGAGAUUAUGAUAGUUUGCAGGAGUACCUUGAGCGGGUUAGGGCUGUUGGUCUACAGAAUUAG